CCAUGGCCGGCGUGCAGCAAGGAGAGAAGCAGCUCUUCGAGAAGUUCUGGAGAGGCACCUUCAAAGCCGUGGCCACGCCGCGACCCGAGAGCAUCAUCGUGGCCAGUAUCACCGCCCGCAAGCCGCUGCCCAGUGGGACGCUCAGCUGCCUGCCGUACCCUGCGGAGGACAGACGGCCCGAGAAGCUGAGCAGCUGCGUGGUCAGGGAGCCUGCCAGCACCAAUGGCUGUGCCAAGGCGAGGGACAGACGGGACCAUGGCCACCGCAGGUCACGCAGCCCUUCGUGCGAUGGGGAACGGCCGCUGCCGGCUCGGGGGAAGAAGAAGAAAAAGAAAUCUGGCCGCAAGAAGAGAAGGAGGUCUCCCUCCUACAGCCCUUCACCUGUGAAGAAGAAGAAGAAGAAAAGCUCCAAGAAGCGAAAAAAAACCAGGUUAUCAUCAAAGAAGAGAAGGCACAGUUCUUCAAGCCCCAAAAGUAAGAGAAAGGAAGAAAGAAAACACAAAAAACACUCUCGUGGGCGCACCCGGAAAUCCCAUCGGCAUCGGCGCUGCCACUCUCGCUCAGAGAGCUCCGACUCCCACUCCCCCAGCUGCCGGAGCAGGCACAGAGCCAGGUCUCGGGAGGAAGGGCGUAAAACACGGCGAAGGCGCUCCUGGCACCAUUCAAAGAUCACAGCAAAGAGAAGCUCCUCUGCAGAGGUUCAGGCCAGUCAAAAAGCCAGCCAAACCCUCCCACUCUACAGCUUCCUGUCUUCUAAGGAAGUAAUCUCUCAGUCAGGGUCUUCUGCUGACCUCUUUACCAAAACAGACAGCCCGCCUGGCAACCUAGCCAGCCAGAAUGGAGAGUAUCAUGAAUAUGACUCAGGAAACGAUACUUCCUCCCCUCCCUCCACUCAAACGAGCUCAUCCAGGUCAAAGGACAGCCAGGAGAAAAGAAGUCUAGUCCAUGAUGGCUUUGGCCAUGCCUUCUCGUCCGGGAAGCCCAAACUGGCCAACAGCGAUAACAGCUCUGAUUCAGGAAAUUCCUUCACCAGUUGCUUUUCCCACACCAAGGGAACAGCUUUGGAAAAUCUGUCUCCAGAUGCCCAGGGACAAGACCGAAGAGCGUGCCUACCGUCAUGUCUGGGCUCCUCAGAGGACAAGAAGCGAAUCCCGCUGCCCUCAGCGGCGCGCAGCUCUCCGCGCAGGCCCGGCUCCCGCAGCGCCUCCUGCAGCAGCACGGGCCGCUCCUCCCCCGCCUCCAGCCGCUCCUCGCACCGCCGGGCCUCGCCCAGCUCCUCCCGAAGCAGGUCCUGCUCCUCGGCAAGGAGGUCUUCCUCACGUUCCCCCAGCUAUUCCUCCAAAUCCUGCAAAAAAAGUCCUGGGAGUAGAAGUUCGAGGCCUCGCCGGAGCCCCAGUUACUCCCGCUACAGCCGUAGCAGGGACCGCGAGCGGGAGCACAAGUACAGCUCCAGCGAGAAGGAGUCGCACCGGGAGCGGCAGCGGCGGCGCCGCUCCUACUCCCCCCUGAGGAAACGCCGGAGAGACUCUCCCAGCCACCUGGAAGCCCGGCGCAUCACAAGUGCCCGCAAACGCCCCAUCCCCUACUACCGUCCCAGCCCCUCCUCGUCCAGCAGCGCCGGCAGCUAUUCCUCCUGGUACAGCAGCUUCAGCCGCUCCCCGAGCCGCAGCCGCAGCUACUCCAGCUACCGGACGAGCCGGAGCCGAAGCUGGAGCAGCAGCCGGAGCUCGGGCCCCAGGAGCAGCCGCAGCAGGAGCAGGAGCUAUGACUCAGGAGCCAGCUCCGACAGCCUGCGUCGUUAGGGAGUGCCACUGCUGGCUGACACCGGGUGCCGGCGUCACCGCCACAUUCCUGGCAUUCUCCGCUUCCUUCCCACCUACCUGGCCAUCGAUAGCAAUCAUCCCCGAUACUGACGCGGUGGCACUGCCGGGUCCCCCUUCCCCGGUCGGGAGUAAGAGCCCUGGAGCGCCUGGUGCAGCCCCUCCUCCCCAGCGCGGAGCGGGUGGCUCCGUCCCAGCUCCCCAGGCCAGGCUGGAAGAAGGGUCGGUGCUUUAGAGACGGUCUGUCAGCUCAGACCUGCUCCAUCCUCCCCGAUGCUCCCAUCUCCCCAUUGCUACUGCUCUCCAAAGCACUACCAGCGGUCCGAAGGAAAGAACUCUGCUCCUUGCUCUUCUCACAUACCAGGAACCAACAAAAAUUCACUUCUGCUGGAGAGACAGACCCAGUUGGGGAGGAGUCUGCUGGAAAACUUCGGUGACGGCUGGGGGGAUGGUUCUCCCCACCAAGGCAAAUACCAGGUCCUUUGGGUCUCUCCUCCAGAGCUGCUGCCCGCUCUGCAGAGAAAAUAUUUAUUUUUUGCCAGUCAGCCAGUCCCUGCUAUAAAUAGAAGACUAGAAAUCCCUCCCAAUGUACUUCCUGGGGGGAAAAAAAAGCCUGUUUGCUCUUUCUUCUGCCCUUUCCUACCAGGCAGCAGCACCUUUUGCAGGAUUGUUUUAUCCCCCCAGCACUGAAUUGCUUGCAAACCACCUGCUGAGGUCUGAAGCAGGCCUGGGGCUGGUGGGGUACAAGACAGAGGGGAGGUGGUGCCGUGCUGUGCUCCGAGGGCUGGGCCACGCAGGGGA